AUGCCAAAUGGUGGCCGCGUCCCCAUUUUACGCCAGAUUGCGUACCGAGAACAACAUGAGAAGGAGUUCGAGCGAUCCCUCGAAUACAUCCAGAUACAGUGCAGGAUACUCAAAUAUUCCGACAAGCACGACACAGAGAUCACUCCCCGGCAAGCAUACAAAUGGACAGCCAACACCGUUCCAAGAACCCAACGGCCGCAGCCAGUGCAAGCACUACGCUUAUGCUACUACAUUCGCUCGUUAGGCUUCGAUACUUACGCCGACAUCAAGCCAUCACAGGAUCCGGAGACUGGAAUCGACGACACCGCGUUACGUCUCUUUGUCGCCAACCCGGCUAGUGAGAAGCGAGGUUUGGGCCACGAUCAUCUGUACUGGUACCAGCGUCUUAGAACGGGCGAGGUGAUCUCGAAACCGUACCAGCUACGGCGUUCGGAAAGACCCCGACUCAGGCUUGACACCGGGUCUGAUAUCAACACGGAUACGAUCAACUAG